ACAAAUUUGUGUAUUGACAUUUUAAAAAUCCAAAUUUUCAUCAAAAUAUUUGCAAUAAAAUUGCAUUUUGUGACAUGUUCUGAUUAAAUACUAGUUCUAUAAUCAUGGCAAGGUCCGGAAAGACGGCGCAAGAAUUCAUCAAAGGGUCUUUUUCGCCCAUUGUUGCCGUAUUGUCUAGUGCAAAAGCUGAAACAGCAGUUUCCAAGAAUAAUCUAUCGUUUGUGGAACUCCUGCAACCAUUUACAUCUCUAGAUUCCGAAGGUCAAUUUCGUGAGCCCAACGGGUCGUUUUGCACAGUAAAAAAUUGGAAAUUAGUAGUGAGAGAUGUUAACUGGAAGCCUCUUCCACCGACGGAGGCACGGCGGCAGCUCAACAACGCUGUCCUGCAUAACUACAAUGAGAGGACUACAGCUUUAGAACUAGAUGGAAAAAAGUUGAGUGUCCCUCAGAGUACCCCAUGGUUUGAGGCGUGGAGAGAGACCUACUUAGAGGUUCAGUUCCCCUCGGAUCAUGAGUUCACCAACCACUUCCUGUCCUGCCUGCUGGUGGCCAGCACCCUCGAUGAGAACAUCGUGGACACAUUCACCUCCUUAAAUCAGCAAUUUACUCAACUGCAAAACACACCACCCCCUAAACUACCCAAAUGGUUCAACAGUAAUGUUUUGAAGUCUUUUGUUCUUGUUCAUGAUGCCUCAAGUGUAUCCUAUGACAAAGCAGAUGCUAUGUUUGAGACUCUGAAACAAACCUUUGAUAGCGGCAAUUGUUUCAUGAUUGCCAUCAACUCAAGAAGCACUACUGACCAACUCCUCUCAGUGGACCUGUGGGCACCAUACAUCAGGAGUCAUUCCGAUUCUAAUACUGAAAUGACCCCGCCCAUGGCAAAUAUGGCAGGUACACCACUUGAUCCAUUAACUGGUUCUACACUUAAUGUUGAAGAAGAUGGCAGUGAUGUCAGUGUACCCACUAAUCAAGAAGCACCACAUCCACUCACAAACGUCGAGAAUGAUUCAUAUGAUAAUGCUAACAGUUUGCAGACUCAUUCAUUUUCGGGCAGUUCAGAAAGUGUAAGCAUUGCUGGGAAAGUGUUUGAGCAGUCGACCGAGGUGCACGGAGCUGCUUUGAACUCAAAUGAUGUUGAUGGCAUUAAGAAGUUUUUACAAGAAUACGCCUUUAAAUCUUUGCUACCUUAUAUUGAAAGGCAAAUAUCAAGUUUGUCUGAAGUUGUAGCAAAUCGUAAGGGUGUCAGUAGGUCCCUUCUAUCUGCUACCAAACGUUGGUUUGGCACCGGCAAAGCAGGAAAUAACACAGUUAAUAAUUCUGUGAUCUACUCAUCCGACUGCCCAGAGCUGCAGCUGCGGCGGCUCGGUGACCUGUGGUUCAUGUGCGGGCAGUGGGCGCGCGCCUUCGACACCUACCACACGGCCAAGCGAGAGUUCUAUGCAGACGGGGCGUGGUUGUGCUACGCGGGCGCGCUCGAGAUGGCGGCUCUCAGCGCCUUCAUGGCCGCCGAGGCGAAUAGGAAGACGCAUGCGUAUAUGGAGGAGAGCAUCGUCACGUAUUUGAAUACUUGCAGAAUGGUGCAAUACGCAGUCCGCGCAACUUUACUAUCAGCACUAUGUCUAAGCAGCUCGGGCCUGCACGGCGAGGCGGCGAAACAGCUGAUCCGCAUGACGUCAGAGGACAGUGACCUCCGCAGCGCCAUGCUCCUGGAGCAGGCAUCUCUCUGCUUCCUCUCGGGGCCGGGCGCUCGGGCCAUGUGCCGGAAGUACGCCUUCCACAUGGUACUGGCUGGACAUAGAUUCUCAAAAGCAGGACAGAAGAAGCACGCGUAUAGGUGCUACAAACAAGCGUAUCAGGUGUACGAAUACAGCGGGUGGCGCCUCUCCACGGACCACGUGCAGUUCGCGCUGGGCCGGCUGGCGGGCGCGCUGCGCCGGCCGCGCGACGCCGCCGCGUGGCUCGCCGCGCCCCUCGCGCCGCGCUCGCCGCAGCCCCGCGCGCAGCACCGCGCCUUCCUCCGAGACUACAUGAUGGCGCAUCAGCAAUGGGUAGAAAGCGGCGAGAUGCAGAAAGAGAUGCCGACAUUACCGCUGCCGUUGUUAGAGCGGAACAGAACAGCGGUCCUGUGCACCGGCCCCGCGCCCCUCUCCUCCCCCGGCCGCGUGCCCGCGUCGUCCGUGUCCCUCCAUGACGUCACCACCAGCCGGCCCAAUGAUGACAAGUACUGGAGCAAGAUGGAGCAAAUGCUGCUGCAAGUGGCUAAGGGCGGUCUGCCCAUGAUCUUCAAGCCCACGGUCAAUCUGUACACCGUGGUCACUGAUGCCAACCCCAGCGUGCCACAAGGAGAGCCAAUUCAAAUAUCUCUAACACUGAAAAACCCUCUCAAAGUGGCUUUGGUUCUGAAAGAUCUGGAGUUGUUAUGGAAAUUUCUACCAAAUUCCGAAGAAAUGGACAAGCCUCAAGAGUGGCUGAACAACGAGGCGUCAGUAGCAGCUGGCAGCACAGCGGAAAACAAUCUUAUUUUCGGACAAAAGUUAAAAUCCGUGAUAAUCGAGGCGGAAGGUACCGAAGUAUUGACAUUCGCGUUGACGCCUUUGCAAAUUGGCCAGCUGAUUAUAUGCGGUGUGGCUUACAAGCUAGUCUGCGGGGGUGAAGAAAACAAUGACAGUGGAAAGAUUAUAAGUAUCUCCGGAAAGUUAAACCUAGAAGACGCUGGAACCAAGAAGCCUAACGAGUUGUAUAAGUGCUUACGAAUCACCAUCACUCCAUCCGCCCCAUGUUUACAGAUGACCUUCUCCGAGACGAGCCCCGACGCCAUCAGCGGCGAGCUCCGCUCCAUAGACGUGGAGCUGCGCAACGCGGGGCCGCGGGGGCUGCGGCGCCUGCUGCUGGCCGCGUCGCACCCGGACUGCAUGCAGCUCGCCCCCGCCCCCGCCCCCGCGGCGGAUCAGGAGGAGGGCUUCGCGAUGCUCUUUGAAGACAAGUUCCAGGAGCCGUUGACGCUUUCUGAGGAGCGCACAGCGCGGCUGCGGUCGUGGCGCGCGGCGGCGGCGCGGCACGUGCGGGGCGCGGGGGACGGCGCGGGGGUCGCGGGGGCCGGGGGGCGGCUGGCCAGCGCGGCGGGGGCGCGCGCCACGCUGCUGCUGCGGCCGCGGCGGCACGCGCCGGACCUAUAUCUGCUGGCGUACUACGAGCCCGAGCCGCCCGCCACCGGCUACCGGCUGCUCAGACACGUGUUCCGGUUCAAUGUCACGGAAGCAGUGGAAAUAACAGCGACUCCUCGGCGCAGCAUGGCCACGGCGGGCGACGGCGCCGUGGAGCGCAUGUGCCUCGCCGUGGAGGUGAAGAACGUGGGCGAGGGCGGGGCGGGCGGCGCGGGCGCGGCGGGGGGGGCGGGGGCACUGAGCGUGCUGGACGCGGCGCUGCUGGGCCGGCGCUGGGCGCUCGCCGCCUGCGUCGCCGCCGCCAGGGACAAGAACGACACCCUCGCGCCCCGCGAGAAGACACACCUCGUGCUCGAGGCAACCCGCAUACAACACCCCCUCCCCGACGACAAAAUAGAGUGGUCCAGCCUCAAAAUAGCGAAAGGAAGCCCGGAUAGCGCACCCAAUAUAAACGAGAGCCCCUACUCUAAAUUCGUCGUCGAGUACAAGACGUCAUUCGUGGAGGACGAAGAAUAUUUCAUCCGCGACAACAAGCCGCAGAGCUGUGGCCUCGUACAGAGCAUGUUCGUGGUGCGCUGGAAGCUGCUCGACCCCGCGCGGGGCAAGCCCGUCAUAGGACAACACUGCCUCUGGCUCGACUGCUUCAACAAGGCCACGACCGGCGACCGCGCCCGCGACGGCAUCAAUCUACCCCUCGAUGAGAGCGACACCAAAAUAGACCUGACUCACGAGAAACACAAGAACAAGAAAGACAACAUUGUGUUAUUCAACUUAGAACAUUCCACACAAAUAAAUCACAAUUUCGAACAGAACAGACUGUGUAUGAUACCGAUAACGAUUAAUAUAAUCAACUGCUACGCGGUUCCUGUACAGGCGUUUAUUGACAUGUCUAAGAAAAGGGAGGAGUCGUGCGGGCUGGGCUGGGCGGGCGCGCUGGCGGGCGGCGGCGGCGAGGCGCUGGGCGCGCGCGUGUCGCUCCAGGGCGGGGAGGCGCGGCGCGUGUGCGUGCGAGCGCUGGCGGCCGCGCCCGGUACCUACCUGGUGGGCCGCGCCUUCACGCUCACCUCCUGCCGCCAGGGCGCCGCCGCCACCACGCACCACUGCAACAACUCCUCGCUGCUAGUCGUCAGACAAACCUCUUGAAUUUAUCUACUUUAACUUAUUUAUUUAAAUCUUUUUUAUGUAUAUUAUAGGUAGUCCAAAAGUCAAAAACCUAUAUUUAUUGUUCGUCGGAAUAAUAGCGCAAUAUUGAACUUAGCUCACCUUUAACUUCGACCGGCCGUGAUAAACAUCUUAAUGGACUGAGUGCUAGUGGUUUACCUUGAUAUUGAGAUCGGGUUUUCACCAAUUUAAAGGAUGGCAAAUAAAGCAAGCUUCGAUGUGUUAGCGACCUUCUCAGUAGGUCGACUACAAUCUAUAAUUACCACAGUUCAAUCUGACUAGUUGCCCGAGUUGUAAAGUGCGUCGGUACAUUUAGUGAUAGGCAUAAGUGAAUUUAUGUGAUGAUCGGCUAGAGAGAUCAAAAUAUUUGCUAAACAGUAUUCAAUGUUUUUGUGCUUCAUAGUAUUUUACCAUCAAACGAUGUAACGAAUCACUCUUGCAAUAGUAGUUCGGUGUGAAAUUUAUAAACAAUAUAGGCUUCUUUACUAAAAUAUGUGAUACAUUGUAAAAAAUAUAUAUUUAAUAAAUAUAUAGCUAUUUAAAUGUAUGUACAUAUUUGGCAAAAAUCCUUAUUCGUGCAAAUAUAAAUCAUAAGUACCUA